AUGAGUCAGUCCAAGAGGGAGGAGUCCAGCAGCGAGCCCCCGCUCAAGUUCGUGCAGCGCAGAGACGACAUAACGGGGGAUGAGUAUGAUGGCCAGCAGCGGGUGGAGAUGAGCUGUGGCCACGCCGUGGACCCGGGGAGCCUGACCGCCUGGUGCCGAAGUCUGAUGGACCAGGGCCACUUCCAGCUGUGCUGCCCGGCUGACGUCAAUGAUAAGAAGUGUGGGGCGCAGUGGUCCUACCCAGAAGUACGCCGCUGUGCCUCACUGAGUGACUCCGAGCAGCGUGAGUUUGAGCAGAAGCUGGCCUUGUUGGCGGCAAAGCUCUACUGCGACUUUAAAGAGUGCCCAAAGUGUAAAAGCCUAGUGGAGAGGAAGGAGCCAACCACCCUCCGUGUGCUCUGCACGGUCUGCGCCUCCGUGCUGCACGUGUCCUACGAGUUCUGCUGGCAGUGCCUGCGGGCCUGGAAGGGAUCGGGGAAACCCUCUGACCACUGUGCCAACACAGGCUGCAAGGACCCAAACUUGGACGUCCUGGCCUCCUGCACCACCAAGGACCUCCCAGACAGUGAGGUCCGCGGCUGCCCUUCGAUCCGGGCCUGCCCCACAUGUGGGCUGCUCAUUGAGCACAAGGAGAAGUGCAAGUACGUCGUGUGCUCGCGGUGCCACGUGGAGUUCUGCUUUGCCUGCCUGGAUCCUGCUCCGGCCUGCCAGGCUGCCAAAGCGGGCGCCUGGUUUAAGUGGUGCGCUAAGCCACUGGCGCCACGACAAAGCCACAUCCCCGUGUGGAGCCGAUGA